CGUGCCCAGUGUCACUUGGGUAGCGUACGAAUCAAGUCUGUUCUGUGAGCAGCUGGACCGGGGACGGACAGAAACUAUUUACUUUUCGACCAACAAUGGGAAUUGUUGGAACUCGUAAAAUGUGUUCAGUGCUGAGGAAAUAUUUGGGACAUUAAAAAAAGGUAGAAAAGAAGAGGGGGUGUGGUGAGAUGAAUCUUCGAAUUCGAACAGCAGUUCGAACUUAUUCGAAUCCUCCUAUCUAACCCAGCUGGGAGGGAGGGAAGAAGGAGAGGAGGACGGUGCCCGAGCCCGACCCGCAUCAGCGAGACUGGUAACACGAGUUUGCGAGACUGAGUGAGUGUGAGUCUGGGACCAGACUUUGGUCUGAGUGGAGAGUCGAUUCUGUUGCCCACGGAGCAAGUAUAAUUAAGUUUGUGCUCGAGGGUCCUUUCGGAAACGUUUUUCACGUAGAAGCGAAACACCUGGAAUUCUGAUAGUCGAGAAGUGUUAUAGGGAAAUGUUUCCAUGUUGACAUCCGUAGUUGGACAUGUUUUAAUGUUGUGGGAACUGGGCGUUUUAGAAUAAACUCUGAAAAAUUUUGGAUUUUGCCAGUGAUUGAUACGGGACGAAUGUGAUUAUAUUUUUAAACAGAAGUUAUGAUGAGGAUUUAAUAAGUUGAAAGCCUAUAUAUAUCGGCUUACACGGAUAUAUUCUUAACAGCUCUGCGGAUAUUAGCCGUCAGUGUUACUGCUAGAAUGAAGUUGAGGAAUAUUUAAAGUGAUGGUUCCUGAUGGGAAGCAUCAAACGGCGCAGUCGUAGAAGUGCUCUCACCCCAUCUAUACCUCUUCGCUCUUCGAAUUAAUUAAGGCUCCACGCAGAGAUUUAGACUGCCUGCGGGCGCUGUCUCCGCUUUCUCAGCGCUGCCGUCGACCAUCCAACAUGAAUCCCAGAACGCCACUUCUCCUAACCUCCAGGGCGGGAGGAAACAGUAGUGCUAAUGGAGGCAUAAGUUCAUCAGUUGGACGUGCUCCUGGAACAGUACCCCAGUCUCAGAGAGAAACGACAACUAAAUGUGUAAAAGCUCCAGGUACACCUGUUACUUCAACAAAGCAAACAAGAUCUGUAAGAACUGGUCCCAUCAGACCAACGAGAGUUAACACAGCUGUUAAUGCUACUGCACGAAAAGCUUCAGCACCUGGUAAACUGAUAAAUGUUCUAGGUAGGAGUCUUGAUAGUCUUCCCGAAACUGUAUCUGUUAGGAGAAAGACAUCAGCUCCUGUGAAGUCUGUUGGAGGGAAUUCAUCCACCUCCAACAAUAAUAUAGUGGCUAAGAAAAAUUCAGGAUCUUUGCCAGUGAAGGUCAAAAAGUUUUCCUCAGCAUCAGCCCCUGGUGGUACUGUGAGCUCUCGGAUGUCCAAGGACCACGGCGGGUCCGGACAACAAGGUCACAAGAGCAGCGGUGGUGGGGCCAUCACCACUUCCACCAAGGAGCAGAAUCAGAAGGGCACCAGCAAAAAGAUAUCGACUUCAUCUGCGGGUGGCGGCCCCGAUGUGCAGUCGCUGCCCACGCUAAAGGAGGAGAAGAAGCCCCCAACUAACAAGUCCAGCGGCAGUCAAAAGAUGGAGGCCGGCAAAGACAAGGAAAAUCAACCAUUGUCAAAUGCCAAGACUCAAGUGAUGCCCCCACAGCCGACGCAACCUCCGGACACGACGACGACGACGACGUUGAGUACCACCCCACAAAUCCCCGACGCUGCCCUCGGCCCAAACCUCGACGCCACCUCCAGCUGUAGCUGUUCGGAUAAGCCACAGCUGGAGAAGACAGUCUCCGACCUUGUGAAGAAUUGCGAGUCCAAGAAACAGGAAAUUGCAGCUCUCAAGAUGGAGAUCAACAGGCUCAAGGUAAGCGAAGGCUGCGAAGACACUGUACUGGAGGGUUUCUUGCAAGUAGAGGCGUUAAGAGAACGAGGACAUUACAGUGAUGAUGAGAAUACUACUAAACCCUCUUCCUGUGGUGCUAAGAGUGGAGGCUCUUCAUCCACAACUCAGUCAGGCAAUACAGCUUCCUCUCUGUCAAAUGCUACUACUCAAGUCUCACAGUCAGAAAGUGUCAGCAGCACAGUGCUUGAUAAUUCAUGUCAUCUUACUUCUACUGUGCAAAAACUCUCUGCUGAAAACAAACACCUUAAAGAUCGGCUACUUAUGCUUGGAGUUAACUUGGACUCUUCUCCCCUCUCUGACCAAGAAAAGGAGUUAUUACAGAGUAUAGUCUCCACAGUGUCACAGAAUGGUGGUGACGGUCCAUCUUCGUGUGGAGAUCGGGCAGAAUGGGACAACAAAUCAACUUCAAGUUACUCUGAAUCCGUUGCUUGUUUACAAGAUCGCAUCCAACAGAUGGAGGAGACUCAUUAUUGUACAAAUGAAGAGUUACAGGCAACCUUGCAAGAACUGGAUGAUUUACGAGAACAGCUUUCAGAAUUUCAGCUUGAAGUUCAGACUCUGCAAGAGGAGAAACAGGUUAUAUUGGAAAGUUUAACCCAGCAGACAGAAAAAUUAAAUGAAGCACGCAGUCAUAAUGAUACUUUGAAACAAAUGUUAAUCCAGCAGUCUGAAAACAGUCAAGAUUUGUCGCAAUGCGAAAAGACACAAAGGUUAAUGGAUCUUCUGAAGAGUGCUCAGGAGGACAGAGAAAUCUUACAAUUAAAACAAGAGGAAUUAGAACAACAAGUAGCUACUACCAAAGAUGCAGAAGAACGUUUCCAUCAUGAUUCUCAGCUCAUCAGAGACAGAAUGAAAAUGUUGGAGUCCAUGGUGGAAGCAGCUAACAAUGAAAAAAAGGCUGCUGAAAACCAGCUAGCGGAAGCUCUAGAGUCAAAUAAAGCUACAGAAAUUGAGAUUGCCAGAUUGCAAACUGCCUUAGACAGUGCAAAAGAAAAGAUAACUGAAUUGGAAGCUGCUGUAAUUUCUGGUGAGAAGAGCGAAUUAGCUGAUGUCCUUGAAAGAGUUAAACAGGAGAAAGACACUUUAGAGAAAGAAAACUCUGUAUUACAACAGAAAAUAACCACUGUUGCUUGUGAGAAUGAGAGGUUAAAGGACCAGAUAUCUUCAUUACAGGAUGAAUUAAUGGUAUCCCGCAACAAUGCAAAAAGUCAGCGGGAAGAUGCUGACUGGAAGACAUCUCAACUGGAAAAAGAAAGGCACCAUCUUGAGGAGGAGAUGGAUAUGUUAAGAAAUACUGUUGAAGAUUUGAAACUUGCCUGUCAGCAUCAUUUAGAAGACAAGAGGGAUCUCAAAGCCAAUUUGUCUGAAGCCCAAAAGAAACUUAAUGAGACAUUGGAUAAACUUGGUGAGAAAGAUCGAGCUUUCAGUGAAGAGAGGUCGCAAUUUAAUAAACAGGUUGAAGAAUGGGAACAGUUCCAAAGUGACCUGCUUAUGACAGUUAGAGUAGCAAAUGAUUUCAAAACUGAAGCGCAGCAUGAUCUUGAACGACUUACUCAGGAAAACACCAUGUUACGAGAGCGUCUUAAACAACUAGGGCAAGAUCUUGAGAAGGCUAAAGCUGUGAAAGUAUGCAGUCCAGUGACUAAUAGCAGUAACAGCAGCCUGAGCAAUGGUAGCAGCUCCAGCGAACGCCGAACUUUACGCUCAGUACCCACAUCCCUUCCUAAUGGUGAACCUUCUAUCCUUGCUGAUCGCCGCAACCCAAGACCAGUUACACGAGGAGAUUCAAGAGUAAAGUCCCUUAUUGAAUCCAUAGAAUGUGUAACAAGACAGACGCGUGCAAACUCAAGAAGUUCAUCAGCAUCAAGUUUGUGCAGUACCAGUAGUGAAAGCAACACAUCAAAUAGCAAAUCGGCCCCCUUACUAAAAAGAGCAGAUACAGAGAGUGUCAUUCGAGGAAAUUCAUCUUCACCGUUGAAAGAUGCAGGAAAUACUCUAGGUUCAUCAACUGCUUCAUCACCUUUAAGAGCUCUUCAGCGCAACUCAUUCACAGAGGGUUUAACCCAAACAUCCUUUCCCCAGUCAGCUUUUUCUAAAACCUCUGGUAAUUCCAAUCUUUCCGAAAACCUUAAAAUGUCACAGUUAUCAGAUAAAAUAUCGGGAAAGAUUACGGGCUUGGGAACAGUCGAGAAUAGUGUCUCAAAGCCACCACUUUCUAUUUUGAGUAACAAAUUGGACCACUCUGUCAGAAGAAAUAGCUAUGGCCAAAUAAGUGCUGUAGUGGAUAAGAAGGAUCCCUUAGCCUCUUUAGCACAAGGAGGUGGCUCAAAAAGAAAUGCUCUACUGAAAUGGUGCCAGAACAAAACAAUAGGUUACACGAAUGUUGACAUAACCAAUUUCAGUUCAAGUUGGAAUGACGGUUUGGCUCUUUGCGCUAUCCUUGACACAUACCUUCCAGAAAAGAUCGGCUACAAAGCACUCUCGCCCAUAAACAAGAGAGAGAACUUUGAAGUUGCUAUUUCUGCUGCAGAGUCUGUUGGCAUUCAUAAUUCACUGGAUGUUAGUGAUAUGAUUACUUCAGAACGUCCAAACUGGCAGACAGUCUAUAACUAUGUUACUUCCAUUUACUGUCAUUUUGAAACUUGAAUAAAUUUUUUUCAUCUACAUGAUUUACUUACUCGAAUAGAACAUGCUGGUUAUUACAUUGUAAAGACAUGACACUAGCUAGUAUGUAUUUUUGUAAGCUAUGUACAUUCAGAUUCUAUUUUUAUGCAUACAUAACUUUCAUGCUGUAGUAGUAUAAGUGCCUUUGAUAUGUGCUUGUUUUUCAUGUACUGUACAUAUGUUCAUUACCAUUUUUUUCAUUUCCAUGGCACUGCAAAAUGUAUUAUUGCUACUGUUGGAUGUUAAGAGUGUAUGCUGUUAAUAAACAAGUAAUCUAGUCUAAAUCUGUCUGGAGAAUAAAGAAAUAUUGUAUUUUGUAUUUGGCUGUGGUUGGAAGUUUAUCAGUAGAAGGAUAAAAUGUUGCUGCUUUAGUAAUAUUUGUACAAAUGCUAUUUGCUUCUUAUCAGUUAAAAUUAGUCAAGCUUUUGAAAUGUGGUUUAAUUGGAGAUUGUAUCUCAUUUCUGCAUUGUGGAUUGCAGAAACGAACACAAAACUGUGAUAUGAUUAUUUAUUUCCCUUCUCUUUAUGUCUGUACUCACUAACUUGAAAGAUGUAGACUCGAGCUCUAGUUAGUCUAGUGCUAACUGUGUUUUGAGGGUUACAAACAUUGGACAAAAAACUGCAUUCUUAAGAAAAAGCAGUUUAUAUUAAUUUGGCAAGACAGUGAAUGAAUCCUUUGCCGUGCAAAGGUAGAGGACAUUAAACUGUGUUAUCAAAUUGUUUUUAAAAAGUUUUGAUUACAGUAAUAGUUGUGCCUUAUAAAAAUUAUAUACAUAUGUAUGCAUGUAUACAUAUAUAUACUUAUCUGUGACAUUGCAGGCUUCAUUAUGUUUAUAGAAAUUUUUGUUAUAGUUGGUUAGUAUGUGAACCACUUUUAAACAAACUAUUUUUGGCACUUGGCUGCUUCUUAGCUUUACAAUUAAAGUUAUUUACAUUGAAUUCAGAAUGCCAAUAUCCAUUAAAGCAUAUACACAACAAACAUUAUUAGUGUACAAAGUUUCAACCAUUUCCAUAAGUAUAUGGUAUACUGGUCUGUACAUAAGCUUGUACAUAAUUAAUGGUUAGGAUAAGGGGUUGUCAAAUGCAGUGAGUGUAUGUUGUAAGUUCCUAUUGUAUACAUGAAAGCAGUAUUAAUAUAAAUUGUAAAGCUUC